AUGGUGGUUAUAAUAAAACGAUCAAGUGAAAAUAAAUAUCCAACAUCCUCGUACCUCUUAGGUGGUGAGCGUGUAUCUGGGAAUGAGAUUCGCCAGCAGAAUGUCAGAUCAGCCUUGGCUAUUGCCAAUGUCGUUAAAUCCUCUUUGGGUCCCGUAGGACUUGACAAGAUGAUGGUGGAUAACAUUGGAGAUGUCACAAUCUCAAACGACGGUGCUACCAUUCUCUCCCUCAUCGAGACUGAGCACCCCGCUGCCAAGAUUCUCGUUGAUUUAGCCCAGCAACAGGAUAAAGAGGUCGGCGACGGUACCACCUCCGUCGUCAUCGUCGCUGCUGAACUCCUCCGUCGCGCAAACGAUCUCGUCAAGAACCGCAUCCACCCAACCACUAUCAUUACCGGUUACAGAUUGGCGUGUAAGGAGGCUUGCAAGUUCAUGCAGGACAACCUUUCCUCCAACGUAGACGCUCUUGGCCGCGAAUCCCUCAUCAACGUCGCCAAAACUUCUAUGGCUUCCAAGAUCAUUGGGAGCGACGACGAAUUCUUCGCUAACAUGGCCGUCGACGCUAUGCUCGCCGUCAAGACUAUCAAUCCACGCGGUGAAGUCAAGUACCCCGUCAAAGCUGUCAACGUCCUCAAAGCACACGGUAAGAGUACCACAGAAUCACUCUUUGUCAAGGGUUAUGCACUCAACUGCACCGUCGCGUCACAAGCUAUGAAGACGCGUAUCGCUGGUGCUAAAAUUGCUUGUCUCGAUAUCAAUCUCCAGAAACAGCGCAUGCACAUGGGUGUGCACAUCACCAUCGAUGAUCCUGCUCAGUUGGAGGAGAUCAGGAAGCGUGAGUCGGAAAUAACCCUCGAGCGCGUCCGCAAGAUUAUAUCAUCUGGUGCAAAUGUAGUACUCACUACGAAAGGCAUUGAUGAUCUCUGUCUGAAGGAGUUUGUUGAGGCUGGUGUAAUGGCAGUACGUCGUUGUCGCAAGGAGGAUUUACGUCGUAUUGCCAAAGCUACCGGAGCCAGUCUGGUGUCAUCCCUCGCCAAUCUCGAGGGAGAGGAGACAUUUGAAUCGUCUCUCCUCGGUCAUGCCGAAGAAGUUGCACAGGAGCGUAUUUCUGAUGACGAGCUUAUUCUCGUGAAGGGCACCAAGAUUGUUAGUGCUGCGUCAGUCGUCUUGCGUGGUGCGAAUGAUUACAUGCUCGAUGAGAUGGAACGUGCUUUACACGACAGUCUGUGUGUCAUUAAGCGCACACUCGAAUCAGGUCACGUCGUACCAGGUGGUGGUUCAAUCGAAGUUGCGCUCUCUAUUUAUCUCGAGAACUUUGCCACUACUCUUGGAUCACGUGAGCAACUCGCCAUUGCGGAAUUCGCUCAAGCCCUGCUGGUUAUACCAAAGACAUUAAGCGUUAAUGCGGCUAAAGAUUCGACAGAAUUGGUGAGCAAGUUGAGAGCAUUCCAUAAUGCAGCUCAGUCUGCUCCACAUGGUGACCCUAAGAAGGAUUUGCAGAAUUAUGGCCUCGAUUUGCUUGGUGGUGAUAUUAGAGAUAAUGUUAAAGCAGGCGUACUCGAACCUACCGUAUCUAAAAUUAGAUCUCUCAGGAGCGCCCUCGAGGCUGCCACUUCUCUGUUGCGUAUCGACGACGCUAUCAAGAUGGCUCCAGCGGAGGCUGCUGACGAUGGACAUGGUCACUAG